CCAGGAGGCUCGGUGUGGAGCGAUGGGAGGAGAGAGGAGCUGCUCAGUGCUGCAGCUGGAUGUGGUGCCGGGGUAUGACGAGACGCUGCUUGUGACAGCAGCGGUGUGUCGGAGCGAUAAUGAACGCCUUCAGUAAGUGCUGGGAUGGACGAGGAAGGUUUACCGUCAGCGCAGGGUGGAAUAACAGAGAGCUGUUGUUGUGCCUCCUGACGGGGGACACUGGCGGAGAAGUGACACAUCAGUUAUCAGUGUGAGAACUAGACGGAGUAGAGGAGGAGAAACUGUCAUGGAGAAACAGAGCAGAGUCAAGGAGGAAAUGCCCACAUCGAAGGAGGAGAAGCGCAAGGAAAAGAAGCCGAAACCUGGGAAGCUUUUCAGAAGGAAAUCUCUGAAGUCCGUGGGGAGUUUUAUGAACAGAAUCAUCAAAACUUUGGGCACUUUGACGCACUUUGGAGACGCGCAGGACUCGCAGGACUUGGAGGACGACGACGGCGGGUUUCGAAACGGCGCACCUUGCACCCUGAGCGCCGGAUCCGGGAUCAUCAUCAAAGAGGAGCUGCAUGUGACCUGGGACCGAGCGGUGAAGAACACUACCAGCACGUCUUCAUCACUGUGCACCGGCAGAGAGAAACUACUUUACCAAUACGCAGACAAAAUCCCAGGUGUGCUGGGGCUGAAAAACCACGGUAACACCUGCUUCAUGAACGCGGUGGUCCAGUGUCUGAGCAACACCGACCUGCUGGCGGAGUACCUGGGUCUGGAGAGGUACCAGCUGGACCUGAGUCAGACCAUAAUGAACGGGCUGGUGGUGAGAGGUGAUGAGACGAGGGAGAAGUCCAAGGGAGAAGUCACCGAGCAGUUGGCAUCACUUGUCAGGGCUCUGUGGACUCUGGAGUACACCCCACAGCUGUCUGUGGACUUCAAGACUAUAGUGUCCAAGUAUGGAUCACAGUUUCGUGGUAACUCCCAACAUGACGCCCUGGAGUUCCUCCUGUGGCUGCUGGACUGCGUCCACGAAGACGUCAAUCUGGCGUCCCACAAUAACAACAAUAAGACCAAAGCUCCCGGAAAGGGUCCCGGUGGAGCUGAGGAGGUGCUGUGUCCUGACCCGUCCCAGUGCCAGCAGACCAGAGUCCAGCACAGCUUUGUCCAGGAACAUUUCCAGGCACAGUACAAGUCUUCGCUGACAUGCCCUCACUGUAAGAAACAGAGCAACACCUUUGACCCGUUCCUCUGCAUCUCACUCCCCAUUCCUCUUCGGCAGACCAGGUCGUUGUGUGUGAUUCUGGUGUUCAGCACCAAAGGACAGAGGUACCUGCGGGUCGGGCUGGCUGUGCCUCUGUUCGGCUCUGUGGCCUGCCUGAGGAGGAUGGUGGCUGACGAGGGCAAAAUCUCCCCAGACCAGGUGAUCCUGACAGAGGUUUACUCCACGGGGUUCCAGCGCUCCUUCUUUGACGAGGAGGAUCUGACCUGCAUAGCUGAGAAUGACGUCAUCUACGCCUUCCAGGCUCCGCCCCUGUACAUCAGAGGAGGCUCGGCACGGAUCUCAGGGUACCACCACAGCCUCCCAUCGUCUCCAUACUCCACUGGUCCCGAGGGUCAGAGGUUGCCGUCGUCUGGGGCGUUGUCAUCAGAGUUCCUCAACCAGGGCGUCCCUGUAAAGAUUCUGCUAUUGGUGUGCAACGCUGCAGGGGCAGGCCAACAGACUGUCAGGUUUGGACCUCCAUUCCUGAUGAGAGAGGACCGGUCUAUUUCCUGGGACCAGCUGCAGCAGAGCAUCCUCAGCAAGCUUUAUUACCUGAUGAUCAAUGGAGCUCAGGCACAGAAUACCAGAGUGCUGUUCAACAUCCGUGUGGUGGGUGGAUCAGCAUUUUACAGCUACCUGUCUCCUCAGGACGGGCGGCCGCUCCACCACCCUGCUGUCGACAGAGCUCUGAAGCUCUGCUGCUCAGGAGGACCCCCGCAUGUGAAGCUCAUCAUCGAGUGGGAGCACAGAAUCAAAGACUGCCUGUUUGGUAACAUCCAGGAGGAGGUGGUGAAGGAUGCAGACAGCGUGAGGAAUCAGCUGCAGCAGCACGUCCAACAGUACAGCUGCACCUUGGAUGAGUGCUUCCAGCUCUACACCAAAGAGGAACAGCUUGCCCCAGAUGAUGCCUGGAAGUGCCCCCACUGUAAGCAGCUGCAGCAGGGCAUGGUGAAGAUGAGCCUGUGGACGCUCCCGGACAUACUCAUUCUCCACCUGAAGCGCUUCAGGCAGGUGGGAGAGCGGAGGAACAAGCUCACCACGUUCGUGCAUUUCCCCCUGGCGGGCCUGGACAUGACGCCUCACAUGGUGAGCCGUAACCACGUCACCCAUCAGCCCCCUCUCCAGCCGGGCUGGAAACAGCCCCGACGACCUGACCUGACUCCUCCCGACUUCCUGUACGAUCUGUAUGCUGUGUGCAACCACCAUGGAGGAAUGCACGGCGGCCAUUACACAGCCUUCUGCAGGAACUCAGUGGACGGCCAGUGGUACAGCUAUGAUGACAGCAGUGCUGAGCCGGUGCCAGAGGCGGAGGUGUGCACACGUGGAGCCUACAUCCUCUUCUAUCAGAGAAGAAACACUAUCCCACCUUGGUCUGCCAGCUCCUCAGUCACCGGUUCCACCAGCUCUUCCACGUCUGAUCACUGGCUGGUCCGGCUGGCGGGGGACAGUAAGAGGGGCAGCGUGGUGUCAGGAGGACCCAUCCCUGGACCUCCGGGACCCAUACAGGCCCCAGAGUCUCCUGAGCUGCCAGUGUUUGGAGACGAACCCAACAAAACAGUAGAAACAAAUGGGUUUGAAGCCAAGCCGUUUGUGCGUGCGAGCCAAGGCAGGAGUGUAAGCAUGAGGUCACCAACAAAGCCCAAGGAGACUCUGAGCAAAGUUCUGCCACUGCGCUGGUCUUUUGGCUCCAAGGACCGCAUUAGAAACCCAGCCCAGACCCAGUCCGGGGAGCUGGUGGAGUACCUGGAGUCUGGGCGCCGCCCACGAUGUACCAAAGACCCGAUCAUAACACUGGUGGCCACCCCACCACAAAGGAGUGCCCAUGGAAGAGCCUUUGAAGUAGGACAGGACUGCAGCUCACCCAGCGGUAGCAGUCUUAGUUAUACAGACCAACCCGGCUCCGACACCUGUUACUCCCCCAAAAUACCAGGGGGACAGAGCAGAGCUUGUGUGGAGAGAAGCAUGAGCCAGGGAGUCGGUAACAGUAGCAACGUCAAAGCCAGGGAUGAUGGUUCUCUGAGGCAGAGGUCAUCUAAGAGAGCAAGGCAGGACCACGGCAGGACCCUGGACCUCCAGCUCCAGAGAGGGGCCAUUCUAGUGGAUCUUAUCAGCCACAGUGCACCUCCAAGCAGAGAUUCCACACUGAGAAGGACCAAGGUCCAGACAGGGACGACCUCCAGGACACAAAAAGACUUGCUACAGAUGGCCGUUCAACCUGAGGACAGGAGGGGGCAGGAGGGUCGCAGCCACGACAGCCUCUUGUCUUUUUUCAAACCUGGUUUCAUGAAGAAAGACAUUCCUGGGUCCCCAAUCAAGGGGCAAGACCGACGUAUGAACGGACAGCUGGGGAAACUGGCAUGCAGUAAUUUAGCCAAGCUGUCCCUCUCCAAUGGAACGCUGACCACGGCGGCACCGGAAGAGAGGAAGGCCAACGUCAUCCCGAGCUGCGACACCCGUAACGGCAAAGUACAGCUAGUCAACGGAAAGGCCGGGAUCCACGACCCCGUAGACAUUAAGCGCGCUCACAGCUCCAGUAACAUCCAGACGAGGCUGGAUUUGACAUUUCGCAGGUGUGCCUCCCUGCAGAGGAACGGGGAAAUAGUGGCCCCUCCAGCACACCGCAUCCUGCUGUCAGACAAGCCCAGCUACGCCACUCUACAGCGGACGCGAUACAGUACCACCUCCCUGGUGCCUCUGUGACAGCCCAGAAUGACUGUUGAACACUAGGACCUCUCUACUGAUUUCUACGCUCGGCAACCCACAGAAGCUCCCAGCAGGAAGCAUCGCUGGAAACAAAGUAUAUCCUCUCGCUCCCCUUCAUAGUACUGUUAUAAGUUCUUACCUGUGUGUGUCUUAAACUAAAUCUAUGCAGAGUUGAAUUUACUGAGGAGAAAUAACUGCUGUGAUGUGAUUUUACUUUUCCUCUUUUUGUUUUACGAAGCAGUCGACUGGUAAUACAAGGUUUUAUUUUGGGG